AUGCUGCACAUCAACACCCUUCUUUUUCAGCCCCACACAAAGAAGCCUAUACACUGGAUAUUCACCCACUUAACCUUAGCUAAUGUCAUGACAAUUCUUUUCAGUGGCAUUCCAGAAAUAAUACAUUCCUUUGGAAUAAGAAAUUAUCUGGAUGACAUUGGUUGUAAGGCAGUGCUGUACAUGUACAGAGUCACCCGGGGUCUUUCCCUCUGCACGACAUCCUUCUUGAAUAUGUUUCAGGCCGUAAUGAUCACUCCCAGCAACUCCAGGUGGGCAUGGCUCAAACCCCAAGUCUCUACAUACAUUUUUUCUGCCUUCUUUUUAUUCUGGAUCAUCAACAUGCUGAUCUACAUCCGGGUCAUAGUAAGCACUGUGGCCCCCUACAACUCCACUGAAGUUGGGCGAAGGUAUUCUUUGAAUUACUGUAGUGGUAGGGAACUUGAUAGGCUCCACGCAGCUGCCUUUCUAGGUUCCAUGGUCAUACGAGAUGUCCUGUGUGUGUUCCUCAUGAUCUGGACCAGUGUGUACAUGGUGAGGCUCCUCUUCACACAUCACAGGACAGUCCAGCACGUCCACAGGACCAGCCUUUGCCCACGAUCCUCUCCUGAAACCGAGGCCACCCACAUGAUCCUGGCCCUGGUGAGCUGCUUUGUUUUCUUUUACUGGACCGACAGCUGCCUUACCAUUUACAUAAGUUAUAGACAUGAUGUACGAGGGUUGAAGAACACCACUAUUUUUCUCUCCUCUUGCUAUCCAGCGAUCUAUCCUUUUGUGGUGAUCAAAAAUCGUAACAAGCAAUCUUUUCUGAACUGUGCAUUUGCAAAUAUGAGAAAGUCAUCACCACAAACCAUUUCCCAGAAAGUCUUGAACUCUCUCACACACUGA